UCCUCAAUGGGUCCUUUAGGCACCUCGGACAGCUUUUUGUCUCUCUCCUCUGAUUGGCCCCCUACUCGUUUCGUUCCUUGACAAGCAAAAUAAGUGCUGCUAGGCUGAGUUUGGUCCUAAGAAAAAAGCACCGUACAUUAUAAACAUGAACAUCCCGAAGAUGACCGAGGAACGACCUGAAAGAUCCGAUGGGAAGAUUGUGAAAAUGGAGGUUGACUACAGUUCAACUGUAGACCAGCGUCUCCCGGAAUGCGAAAAAAUGGCUAAAGAGGGCAAGCUCCAGGAGGCCGUUGAGAGCUUGUUGUCAUUGGAGAAGCAAACCAGAACGGCAUCAGACAUGGUGUCCACCUCCAGAAUCCUUGUGGCUGUGGUCCAGAUGUGUUAUGAGGCCAAGGACUGGGAUGCCCUGAAUGAAAACAUCAUGUUGCUCACCAAAAGAAGGAGUCAGCUGAAACAGGCUGUUGCCAAGAUGGUGCAAGAAUGUUACAAGUAUGUGGAUUCUGUGACUGAUCAGGCCAUCAAACUGAGACUCAUCGACACGCUUCGCACCGUGACUGCUGGCAAGAUAUAUGUAGAGAUUGAGCGUGCGAGGCUGACGAAGACCUUGGCCAAUAUCAAGGAGCAGAGUGGAGAGAUCAAAGAGGCAGCUUCCAUUCUUCAGGAGUUGCAGGUGGAGACAUAUGGCUCCAUGGAGAAAAAGGAGAAGGUGGAGUUUAUCUUGGAACAGAUGAGGCUUUGCAUUGCUGUUAAAGAUUACAUUCGCACCCAGAUCAUCAGCAAGAAGAUAAACACCAAAUUCUUCCAAGAGGAGGGCAACGAGGAGUCCAAGCUGAAGUACUACAACCUGAUGAUUCAGGUAGACCAGCAUGAGGGCUCCUACCUGUCUAUCUGCAAACACUACCGAGCUAUCUAUGACACCCCCUGCAUCUUGGAGGACAGCAGCAAGUGGCAACAGGCCCUGAAGAGUGUGGUGCUGUACGUGAUUCUUUCCCCUUACGACAAUGAGCAGUCAGACCUCGUGCACAGAAUCAGUGAGGACAAGAAACUGGAAGAAAUCCCUAAAUACAAGGACCUUUUGAAACAGUUCACGACUAUGGAGCUGAUGCGCUGGUCUUCCCUGGUGGAGGAUUAUGGGAAAGAGCUGAGAGAGGGCUCACCUGAUAGCCCUGCCACAGACGUCUUCUCUUAUUCAGAAGAGGGGGAGAAAAGGUGGAAGGACCUGAAGAACAGAGUGGUGGAGCACAACAUCAGAAUAAUGGCCAAAUAUUACACCAGAAUCACAAUGAAGAGGAUGGCUGGACUCCUUGACCUCUCUAUUGAUGAAUCAGAGGAGUUCCUCUCCAGCCUAGUUGUAAACAAGACCAUCUAUGCCAAGGUCGACCGGCUGGCUGGCAUCAUCAACUUUCAGAGGCCUAAAGACCCCAACGACCUGCUCAACGACUGGUCACACAAACUCAACUCUCUCAUGUCUCUGGUCAAUAAGACCACACAUCUCAUUGCCAAGGAGGAGAUGAUCCACAACCUGCAGUGAAACUAGAUCAUAGUGCAUUAUUUCAUGUUUUGGUUCAUAUUUGUUUUGUUUUUCCUUCUGUGGGAAUGUUUUUGAAUAUACAGUAUAUUGGCGCACUGAAUGCAGUGUAAUUACAAUGUCAUAUAAUUGGAGUUAAAUCUGCAGCACAUGCGCAGCAACUGUUCAUUUUUUACUAUCCAGUAAAACCUUGAAAAUAAACCCAUGAGCACCUCUGUACUUUGCACCCAUCUGUCAGUGACUGGAUCUCUAAAUAUGCUUCCCAUUUCCAUGUAAUGGAUUAUACACUGUGGUUUAAGUUGUUGCUGUAUGAAAACAUGGCUAAAAAAGUAUUUUAAAUGUAUCCUUAGCAAUGUAGGCAAUAAACCCCUUUCAUUUGGUUAA